UCUGGCUGAAGCCUUCGUCUCCAGGUGCCUGUUAGCCCUGGCACAUCAGCUCACUCCGUCUAACUGCUUAUCAUACCUGAGACUCGCUCAGGAUAUUUUCUGUGUAGAGAUGAAGAACACAGUGCUCCUUUAUUUGAGUGUGAACCUGCUGGAGCUGCCACUGAUAAUGAGGUGUCUGAGUGAUGAGGAGAGGGAGGAAGUCAUCAGCCUGAGAGUCAAAGGAGAACCACGUCUGUGCAGCUUCAGGAAAGAAAACCUAACUUCUUGGAAUGACCCUGAAACAGAAGCUGCUCGGCACAUUUUCACCAUGACUGGUUCAGAGGACAGUGGGGACUGGCACGCUGUUACAGAACUCCCCUUUAGGGCGGAUAAGUGGUGUUUUACUGCAGUGGUGCUGUAUAACUACCUGUAUGUCAUAGGAGGCUACAGGCAGCGUAUGAAGAGAGGCUGGGAGUUCACCAUGGCUUCCUAUAGAUAUAACCCCUUUAAAAACUCAUGGGUGGCUACAUCACCUCUGAUAAAGCACAGAAGGCACUUCAGCGCGGUGGCCUGUGGAGGCUUCAUCUAUGCGGUUGGGGGCUGGUAUUUAGAUUCGCUGGUGACUCCAGACUCAGGCACAGCUCUAUACACAGCUGUGGAGUGCUAUGAUCCCUGGAAAGACACAUGGAGGUUUGUAUCUUCAUUACCGCUGACUGACUUCCAGUUCACCAUGUCCUUAUCCCAUGAUGUCCCCCUCACUUCCAGCCUUGGAGAGUGUAUCUAUGUGCUGGGAAGCAUCCAGAGGACAGGGGAGAAAUUACUGCUACAGUAUGACACAAAGCAAGAUUCAUGGUCUGAACUGCUUCCUACUCUGACAAGAGCUGAUGUAGACCUUCUGACUCUCUACUUCCUGGGAGCUGCUGACAAGCUGCUUGUGAUUGGUGGAAACAAUGCAAACAAUGUGGUGACAUCAUUCUGUGUGAAAUCUAAAAAAUGGGGGCAGAUCUACAGGGCAGAAAAAGUAUCAUAUGUCGGACAGGGGACACUUGUAGAUGAGCAGCUCCUGAUGCCCAGUAUAGAGCAUAACACAGUCAUAAGGAUGGAUCUCCAAACCCUAACCAUCAGUAUGCUCCCACCUUUACCUAUACCCACGCGCUAUGAAGCUAUCUUUUACCUUUACUUGUAAUUCUCAAGCUUACUGGUUUACUAAUACUUUCUAUUAUGUAACUGUUUUUGGAUAAUUAUGAGAGGCACUUUAAAGUUGUUUAAAACGUGAAGAUAUUUCUGCUUAAGCUUUUUCUUAGUUUUUUGUAAAGUGUUUUAAACCUUUCCAGGGGUUUUUGUCAAUUCCAGCGGCUCACACGAGAAUGUGCUAACCUCCUUUUUUUACCCUGGGAUUUACAUGUCUAAGCAAACUGUGACAUUAUUUUCUCUCUGAUUU